GUAUUAUGAAUAUAUGUUUGGUUAUCCCAAAUGGCAGAAUCGAAAUGAGAAAAAAUCCCUAUGUGAAACAGAAUUGUCCUUUCUUCAGGUGAUUAUCACUUCAAAGGAUUCUGAAUGUGAUAAAUUCCCUAGUAUUACAUCAGAUGAAGCCUAUCAUCUCCAAGUAUCAAAGCCCACGUCUGUGCUGAAGGCUGAAAAAGUUUGGGGAGUCUUAAGAGGUCUGGAAACUUUCAGCCAGUUAUUAUAUGAGGAUGAUUGUGGAAGUUAUUUUGUUAAUGAGUCUUACAUAAGUGACUUUCCAAGAUUUGCAUAUCGAGGAAUCUUGCUUGAUACAUCACGACAUUUCCUACCACUGAAAGUUAUUCUAACUAAUUUGGAUGCCAUGGCCUUUAAUAAGUUCAACGUCCUGCACUGGCACAUUGUAGAUGACCCUUCCUUUCCUUAUGAAAGUACCACUUUUCCAGAAUUGAGUGCCCAGGGUGCUUAUACUCCCAACCAUGUUUAUACUCCCACUGAUGUUCAUAAUGUCAUAGAAUAUGCUCGCUUACGAGGGAUUAGAGUUAUUCCAGAAUUUGAUAUGCCAGGACAUACUCAGUCUUGGAGAAAAGAUAUCCUCACACCUUGCUACAGUGGAAAACAUCCAAGUGGCUUUUAUGGACCUAUAAACCCCAUUUUGAAUGCAACUUAUGAUUUUAUGAUGAAAUUAUUUGAAGAAGUUGGCACUGUAUUUCCCGAUGAUUAUAUCCACUUAGGAGGAGAUGAAGUGGACUUCAGUUGUUGGAAUUCCAAUCCUGAUAUAACUGAGUUCAUGAAAAAGAAAGGAUUUGGGUUCUGGUAUUCUAAACUGGAAUCCUAUUAUAUUGAAAAAAUGCUGGACAUUGUGACUUUUCUUAACAAGAAAUCCAUAAUCUGGCAGGAAGUAUUUGAUGAUGGAGCAAAGCUGCAGCCAGACACAAUAGUUGAAGUGUGGAAGAAAUUUUUGUAUGAACUUGAAUUAGCAAGAGUAACAAAACAAGGACAUCAGGCAAUCCUUGCUGCACCUUGGUACCUAGACCUCAUCAGUUAUGGCGAGGACUGGAAGAACUACUACAGUGUUGAACCACUGAACUUUAUUGGCCACGGGCAAGUGCUGUUGGUGAGAGACUUUGGAGCAGUGAAAAUGUAACCGAUAUUUCAGAUGCUUCUAAAAGACUUACUCAACAUCGUUGUCGCAUGCUUAGGCGUGGAAUUGCAGCACAGCCUUUGUUUGUUGGAUACUGCAAUCAUGACUUCCUCUGAUCAGGGAUCGUAGCAAAAGGGCCUAUUCUUUAUUUUAAUGUGACACAUAUGUAUCAGUGUGAGUUAUAUAGGAAAAGAGA